CGGGGGGUUCCGACAACCCCGCUCCGAUGCUUAAAGGUUAUGGAGCAGUUCUAUUAGCUUCACAAUUCGUGCAUGAGGCGGUUGGAGGAGACGUGGCUCCAUGUAAACAACUCUUCCAGAUUCCGUAGAUCUCGGUGGUAUCAUGGGGUCCCAUGACAUGCGUCGUGUCCUUAGAUUCAGGGUACUGCCGAGACGCACGACUUCCAUGACGAGCAUCGUGUCCCUUAGAUUCCGGGUGCUGCCGAGACGCCUGCAGAUACGGAUACCAACUAUCAUUUGGAUCGCCAACUCAGUCCAGUUGCAACAGACUUGGGCUCAAGUGGCCUCAAUGGGCCCGGGUAGAUUAUAUUUCACAGUUUCCGACAUUUGGGCCUGGUCGGGUGGAUCAGAGAGGGCCCAAAUCCCGGAUUGGGCCCAACAGCCGAGAAGAUCUAUAUUUGUCCCAACAGUUACCCCCCAAUUCUCUUAGGUAAAUUUUAUACUUGAGAGAAUUUAGGAAUGAUUGAUUGAUCUUCAUUUUGAUGUAUCUUGAGUUUUGGAUCAGGCGUACAAUACCGAGAGCGAUCAAUGACCCUUCUCCGUAUCCGUCUCGGAAGUAUUGUUUUGCCUGUUGCUUUGACUCGUUCAUACCUUAUCUGCCCGAGACCUUUCGCCUGCUAUUUUCUUUUUACGGAAUUCCCGCUUUUUCCUUUCACCUCGUAAAUCCAAAUUUUCAAACUUUUGAAAAUUUCCUUGAAAUCCGUAAGCCGCGUGUUAAAUAUGACUGGACGCCGGUUCACUUUUCGAGGCGCGUCUUGUCUCAUUUAUCACAGGCCACCGGGGCUUUUGAACUUCCGGUUUUUAGAAGAAGAAACUUUGACGAGACCGUUCGUCUUCCGGUGGACUGCAACCGGUCAGGUUGUACUCCUGUCGGCGUGUGUCAGCGGCACAUAAAUUUGAUUUGACGUCGGUUCAAGUUUCAAGGAGCACUGUAGUUGUCAGAUGCGUGACCGGCGACGGUUCAACUGCCGGUUUGGAAGGAUGAGAUUCAGUGGUGUCUUUCUGUCUCCCGGUUGUUUGCGACCGGAUAAUCCCGGUUGCACUGGAGUAUAAAUAAUCUUCCCCUUUUAUCUCUCAUUCUUGUUUUGAACUUUUCUUCAGCUUUUCCCUUUGAAUUCGCGUCUCUCUCUUGGAAGUUCAUCCUAAUCUUGUCUUUUCUGCACCAUGUCCGACGCAAGGGAACUCCCAGCAGUGGCCGUCUCGGAAUCUGAGGAAGAGGAAUUACUAUCCGAGGACGAGGUGAUACCCCAGCAAGGGGAACGUCAGAUGCCCCUCGUGCCUCUCGACCUCCGAGGAGUCUCAAAGGUUGGUACCGCCGAUGAAUUUCGCCUCCGGAAUAAUUAUGAUAUUCCUCCCUUGGUUCUGUUACAUUUCCAGAAUCCUGUUACCCGGGAGAUUCGUGGGGGCGAUCUCGUUAUUUACGAGAAAAUGCUUUUAGCUGGCCUGCGAUUCCCUUUACCGGACAUUGCCCGGGAGUUGGUUCUAUUUCUUGGGGUAUCCCCAAGCCAGCUUACACCGAACGCGUGGAGAUACCUCUUCGCCUCUUUCAUACUGUGGCAAACGGUGUUGGGGGCUCGGAUGACAAUUCCGGAGUUCUUCAACAUUUACCGGGCGUCAUAUAAAAGGGAAGGGGUUGUUGAGUUUACUGUUAGAAACAAUCCUAUCUUCAUAUACCUUUCUCAGAGUUAUUCUAACAACCGAGGUUGGAGGUCAGAUUUUUUCCGUGUCUCAGGAGAUUGGGAGUCGGUAGCGCCCUUACCGGCCGACCAAAGAGUAUCAAGAGUCUGGAAUCCUAUUCAGGUUGACCUGCGGGAAGCUCCGGUCUUGAAUGCGACCGGAAAGAGAAGGGUAGCCGCGAUGCUGUUGUUUUCUCAGACUCCGGGGAAUGAUAGGAAGAUAGACUAUGACAACAUAGUCACCGACGAAAAUAUGCGGAAAGUUCUUGGGUAUCAGAUUCCUACCGAGAAGGUUUGGUAUGAUCGGAAAGGGAAACAAAAGCUGAAGAAAUUUGAGGGUGGAGCGGCCGGCACUCCACAACCGAAGGCGUCGAAGGUAGCCCCCGGGACUAAGAGGGUUGUCAAACCAAAGAAGACUAGUAAGGCGACCCUCCCUCCGAGGACAAUAAGUAAGGCGACCCAAGCUCCAAGGACGGCGAUUGUACCUCGGGAUAGCCUUACCUCAAACUUUUCUGCCCCUGCGACCGAUCUCGUGAGUGACUUGAUUAGAGCUCCUGAGACUAUAAUCCCGGCUACCUCUUCAUCGGCCGUCAUUAGUAUUGUUGAAGUCGGAAAUCCCGAGGAAGGGUCUGGUAGGGAGACGGUGGUUGUUCAUGCACCCGAUGUAGUAGAAAUCGGGGACGAUCCAGAGGAGUUAGAGCAAGAGGCUUCUGAGGUUCGGAAUGCUUCCAAACGCAAAAGGAAAGAAGUGGCUCCCGAGUCGCCGAAGAGGACCCGAUUUGCUUCGGAUCCUUUAGAAUACGCGCUUACGCGGUCCACUGAAGCCGAGCUUCUUUUUGGUCGGCCGCGUUUUAUAUUGCCCACAUUGCCAGCUACCCGGGAAGAACCGAUUGAAAGAUCCGAGGCUUCGGGUCGGUCUCCGACUGAGAGGAUAGAAGCUCGUUUGGAAUCUGAUGUUGGUCUAGCCUCCGAGGCUCGCUUACCGGUGGAGCAUGAAACAUGCUUCCAACCCCAGAGUGGGCCGAAAUCUGGAGAUCAUGUGGUGGUGGCAUCGGAGGAUCAUCUUGAGACCGGGGAGAUAGACUCCUCCGUGCCGGCCGGAGAGUGUUUGGACCGGGUUGAGGUGGCGGAGUCCUCUGGACCCGAGACUUGUGAGGACCAACCGAGUACUCAAAAUCUUUCUCCGGGAGUUAUGGAAGCCGAGACUUCCCGACAGGGAGCAUUAAUCGGUUCUCUGAGGGAAGGCCUACUGGCUUGCCCCUUGGAGACAUUAAUGGGCUUAAUUCCAGAGGGGUCUUCCUCAAUGUCCGGGACCUUGUCCCCCGGAGGACUUAUGGAGGCGAUGCUCCAUACCCAGUUGCAGUGCGUUAUGAGGUCGGUCGCCUUGUGGCGUGACCACCGGGGUGUUAUUGGAAGCCAAGCUGCUCUGGAAGCUAAGGUAGCCGAGCUUCGGUCCCGGGUUCAGGAGCUGGAAUUCGAGGUGACACGAACCUCGGACUUGGAGUCCGAGAUAGAGACCUUGAAACAAGAUAUUCAAACCAAAGAUCAGAUAAUCAAGGCUCGGGACCUGGAUCUGGCUCAGGCCCGGAAGCUGGCGGAUACAUCUCAUGCUCAAGCACUUGAAAGUGAAAAAACCCUUGACAGAGUAUUGAGCAAUCUGACCGAGGCUAACGAAGCCAAGACUGUGCUGUCUUCCCGGGUGACAGACUUGGAGCGAGAGAAGGACUCGCUGGUGGCCGACAAGCACUCCAUGUCCGAGAGGCAGAAAGAAAUUCGAGCUCGGUGUAAGAGACUUCGGAAGAAGGCCCAUCAUUAUAAGACCAAGUCCCGGCGUUUCAAGAAACAACUCGCCCUUGUUCCUUGGCUUCGAGGUCUUAGCUGGGGCCGAGGAUCCAACUGGGGUUUUGAGAGAUUGAGGACUAUGCUUCUUCACCCGGAAGUAUUUACGGUUGACCCCGAGACUGUGACUCCUGGGCUCCUCGAAUUACCCGAGAUAGCAACCAAGGAGCUACAAACUCUGGGAGUGGAAUUUUUCCCGGAUGUGGAGGACUGGACUGAUGAUGCUCCCAAUCCUUAUCGAGAUGACUUAACCUCGGGACCCUCUGUCUCAGAAUGCACUCCCUGUAGGGAAGAAACCGAGGAACCUGGGGCUGGCGAUGCUGGGGACUCGGCAGGGAGCCCACUUAUGUAAUAUAUUUUUUCCUUCUUUUUGGGCCGGUUGUACUUUGCAAUGAAAACUAAUGUAACCCGGUUGGUUUUAUGAUAUAGAAUUAAUUUUUAUA